AUGUCAGAUACAAUAAUAAUAGACCGUGGAAUAUCUCAUGGUGCGGCAAGAGUCCAUGGGGUUAACCCCGUUUUUCUUGUGGAGAAAAUCAUAAGAGAGAGAAUACUAGACAGUCUUUACUGGAAGAAGGAUUGUUUUCACUUGAAUGCGCUUACGAUAUUGGAUAAGGCAGUUGCGCUACGGAUGGUGGGGACGUACUCUAAUGUUAACCGAACUAAGCCGUGUAUAUUCAUGUGCUUGCUUCUCAAGAUGCUCCAAAUCCAGCCUUCUCCAGAGAUAGUGAACUAUCUGCUACGACAACCCCACUUCAAAUACGUUACAGCAUUAGCUGCGCUCUACGUGAGGCUGACUUCCAGUUCCGUGCAAGUGUACAAGACUUUGGAACCGUUACUGGAGGACUAUCGAAAACUGGUUUUGUUCGAUGGAAUGAAGAAAAGGCUGAUUCAUAUGGAUGAGCUGGUGGAUGAUCUCUUAACAAAAGAGAAGUUUUGCGAUUUGAUGAUGCCGCGUCUUGUUGAUCGUCUUCAGCUAGAAGAGCAAGAGUUGAUCGAUCCGAGGGAGAGUGUUCUUCAAGAAGAAUUUGAAAAAGAGCUUGAGGACGGCUUAUAG